UUUUCUGGGAUUUAACCCAGGGCCUUGUGAAUACUAAGCAUGCGUUCCACCACUAAGCUGCACUCCCAGCCCCAAUGUUUUGAUUAGUUUUAAUUUAGCCUCAGAUCUUCACUUUCUGUAAUAAGAAAUCUAGCCUACUAAUCCAGUUAUUUUAAUUUUUUUUCCUUGAGAAUAAUUCUAAAUCAAGAAUUUCAAGUAAAAACAGGCAAUGACUACAACUUAGAUCACCUCUAAAUUUUUGAUUAGGUACUAACAUAUAUUGGUGGUUGGGCCACUGACCAGAAGUUAAGAGGAAAGCCUAUUUGCAGGUGCUCCGUACCAUCUGGUUAGAAAAUUCCUCCCCUAGGACUUCUGGAAAAUAUAGGGACAAAUGAACUCCCUGACUCCUGGAAUAAGAAUAGUUAGGCCCAGAAAGUCUCCCAGGUACCAGGAUUUGUCCUCUUGUGGGCAGAAAGGUCCUGCCCUAGACAGGGCUCCUCUUCGAAACUCAAGAGAAGAGCUAGGGAUGUAGCUCAGGGCACAGCAUCUAUCUGGCAAGUGCAAGGCCCUGAGUUCAAUUCUUGGUAGGAAGAAACCUCAGGAGAGGAAUUGAUGCCCUCUCCAGGUUGGCAGCCCCAGGGUUUCCCCACAUGUCCUUCGUGAGGACCACCAAUGAAUGUCAGGGUGUUCGGAGCUGUUUUAUGGCACAAAUAUUCCCUGGCAGUGGAUGUGAUUUGGGGAGGGAUGAAGCAGUGUGAUGAGGGCCAGUCCCUCCACUUAGUUUCAGUUUCUGUAGCAGAGAUAAAAACCCUCCUGCCAAGUAGGCAGCCUCUAUUUGCAGGAACACAUUGCCUUAAAAAAUUGUCAUUUUAUACACAAUGAAGUUACUGUAGGCUUUGGCCCUUGGUUUUUCUCUUCCCUAAGCCACACCUAUGUGUGCAGUGAAACUCAGUCCUUUGCUGAAGACAUACUCUAUGGCCAGAGAGAGAAGUGGAACUUAUUGUUGGAUAUUCUGGUGGUAGUUGGGGCCUUCUAAUGACAGUGUAGUCACCUGGAGCAUUCACCCAGGUGCAUACGGCCUGCAGCAUCACUUAGUGUUUUCUCCAAACUUGGUGGGUGAGCCAGCUACCUCAACACUAAGACCCCUAGUAAAACUGCAGUUUUCUCUCCUAUCUUCAGGGAGUCUAACUGACUCAUUGCUAGGAUAGGUCCAGUAACUGCUUUGUAAGCCCCCCACCUCCCAUAGAUUACUUGAUUCUAAUCGGAAGACCAUUGUGAAAGUAUUGCAAAGGCCUUUCUGCAGGCCCACCAGCUGCCUUUACUUCUGUUGCUUCUGCUAGGAACACUUCUCAGCUUGCACUUCCAGCCUAGGUUUCUUGGAAGCUAUAGGAGCGCCCUAGCCCCACUCACCGGUCUCCACCACACACAUCACGCCCCAACCAAUCCCAGUUACUUUGUGAGUUCACCUCUGCUCUGAGGGGACACUCAGGCGAGACUACUGUAGCUGUGUACCUGGCAGGUUCACUGUCUUGAGUUGAUGUGCUUACAACAGUGACCCAGGUCAUAGAGAUUUGAAAAAAAUAAGCUUGCUGGAAAGAAGUCACCUGAACCAUAGGGUUUCAGGACAGUUAACCAUAACUGCGCAGCUCAGGACUCCAGCCAGGCACCAGGCAGAUGGAUGCUGUCAUCGCAUUGUCACUCCAGCCCAGCUCCAGGCCCUCGGAGUUUGGAAACAAGCCACCGGGCCCACCCUGCCCCGGCUCCGCCCCUCGAUGCGUGGCAUCUUCUUUGCCUGUUAUUAGCUGCUCGGUUCAGAGCUGGGUUCUGUUUAUUGGCGCUUCUGGAGGAAGUGAGUGAGAAUUUGGUUGCUAUAUCUCGGAGUUCAUUGGUUUCUGUGUCUGUCAGUCACACAGAGCCAGCUUUCUUCAGUUUUCAUUGGCUGGUGGGGUAGCGGGGUUUGGCGGUAUUCUUGACAUGGCAGACAGUGGCGGCUGGCGGCCGCCGCGGCCUUGUGAGACCUACCGCGCCGAGUGGGAGUUCUGCCGCAGCGCCAGGCACUUCCUGCAUCACUACUAUGUACACGGCAAGCGGCCGGCUUGCGAGCAGUGGCUGCGCGACCUGGCCAGCUGCCGCGACUGGGAGGAGCGCCGGACAGCCGAAGCCCAGCGAUCCCUGUGUGAGAGCGAGCAGGCGCGUGUGCAAGCUGCACGGAAGCACACCCUGGUGUGGGCCCUGAGGCAGAGUCCCCCUGCAGACUGGCACCUCCCUCUACCACAAGAGAAGGACAAGUGACGAGCACCCCUGCCCUUGGCCUGUGUGGCUUCCUCAAGUCUGCUUCAAGUGGGGCUAUAACCAUCCCAAACACUAGUGCAUCCCUGUGAGCUCCUGCCUGGCCUGAAACACAGAGCAGGACAUCUCCAGCUCCACCUGCCCUUCCCUUACCUGCAUCAGGGAAUGCUGUCACCACAAGUCUCUGAGAGACAAUUAAGGCCACUCCACAGCUUCCAGGAAACCAAGUGUUGUGGCAGGUACCUGUGAACAGCCAGGUCAGGCUCAAUCAGACCUAGCACCACAGGUGGUAGUCUUGAGGGGUAGCAUUCUCAGAUAAAUUCUUGAGUGGUAGCUCUGACCUGCAGACACAUGACUGGGUCAGAAAGAGGUCGCAAGAGCUGUGCUACUGUGAACACCUCUUCCUGUCCUUGGGAAACAGGUUACCACAUCCCAGGCUUGGUGAUUACCAUAUAUUGCCAGCCCCUGGCAUCAAAGCAGGGGGCUCACACUCUGCUCAGUUCCACGGCAGAGGUAGGUGGACUAUGCCAAACAGACAGGCCUCACUGCCCCUCUGCACCAGCACACUUCACCAAAGGCUCCCAGCGAGGCCCUCAGAGACUCGGUUUUUUUCUUUGAUUCUUUGACAUAGUGUCUAGCUGUAUAGUCCAGGCCAGCCUUGAACUCACUGUGUGGCCACGUUGGCUUCAAACUCAAAAUCCCCCUGCCUCAGCCUCCCAAAUUCUAGAAUCACAGGCAUGUGCCACUUUGCCUGGUGAGAAUUCAGUUUUUAAAAAACACACAACCUAGCUGGGCAUGGUGGCAAAUGCCUAUAAUCACAGCACUCUGGGAGCCUGAGGCAUGAGGAUUACAAAUUCAGUCCCAGACUGGGCAAAUUGGCAAUUUAGUGAGACCCUGUCCCAAAAUAAAAUUUUUAAAGGCCUGGGGAUGUAGCUCAGUAUGAAGGUCCUGGGUUGAUUCCCCAAUACUGCAGAAAACAAAACCAAAAAGCACAUACAAAUUAGCAAGAUAGUGUGGAGUCUUUGCUUAAGAAAUACAAGCCCAGGAAAGGCUGAGGAUUUAGCUCAGUGGUACCGUGCCUGCCUUGUAAGUCCAAGGUCCUGAGUUCAAUCCCUGGUACCAGAAAAAAAGAAAUCCAAGCCCAGGACCAAGGGAUUUAGCUCAGGGGCACCAUGCCUGCCUGGCAAGCACAAGUUCCUGAGUUCAAUCCCUGGUACUGGAAAAAAAAAAAAAAGAAAUCCAAGCCCAUAAAGAGAUGGAAGGAAGAGGGAAGGAAGGGAGGGAGGGAAAGGAGAAGUUAAAAGAAUUAAGAUGAGUUAUGUAUAUGUUCAGUGUUACAUGACGAAGGUAAUCACUAUGUAUUGAAACGUACUAA